CGUCUUUUCAUCCCUCAAACACCAUCUCGCCCACGAAUAUCUAUAUCUACCCCCAGGACAUUAAGUGUCGACGCAAAGCUCGGGAUGUCGAAGUACAAUAUCACAAAUGCGCUCAUGGAGCGUAUCCAUCACUUUGCCUCGUUUCCUCAAACUGGAGUAUCACUCCAACAGAUGAUUCACUUUGGCCAACACCCAACGCCCGGUACGAUCCUCAAAGCCUCCCAGUUCUUGGCGGAAGAACUGCCGAUAAGAUUAUCGCAUCGCGUCGUGGAGCUCGAUGGGCUGCCGGAUGGGCUCAACAAGAUGCACAGUAUACAGAAGGUGAAGGAGUGGUAUGCUCAGAGUUUUGAAGUGAGUCUUGUCUUGAAGAGAGGUUGGGGAGGCUUGGUGAAGGUCGGAAGGAGGCAGGGGCCGGGGAUUAUUGCCGAUCAAUGCCGCUGUUCGUGAGCGAUGGGAGAUUGAGAAGGGCCGAGGAGUGUGAUUGUAAGCAGGCAGUGUACUGACAAUAGAUCUACAGGAAUUAGUAUCAUUCCCAAAACCGCGUUUCCGGGACCUUGCCCUCAUCUCAGAAUCCCGCAAACCCUUCCCCAGCGCCACCCCCAACCCCUCCCUCGACCCCCUCAUGCAAGAAGGUCCCUCCGGCGGCACCCCCCUCCCCUCUUCCCGCCCCCAAGGCCAAAUCAUCCGCACCCUCAAUGGCACCUCCCUAACAACGCACAAAACCCCGCCUUCCUCCCAAGGGCACCACAACCUCGCCAAAGGUCAUCCCAACCGCUACCGUCCCCCUAUAGAAAGACGGCAUUAUUCCCCGCCUUCUGCGGCGGUGGAGUACCCGCCGGAGGUGUUGGAGUAUAACGAAAAGUUUACGAAAAUGUUGGAGAAUAUUAAGAGGAGGCAUGAUCCGACUGUGACGGCGGUGGCGCAGGGGGUGUUGGAGUGGAAGAAGAAGCAGAAGGGAGGGAGGAUUGGGGCGCCGAUACAAGAGUUUUUGGACCGUUUCUACAUGAGUAGGAUUGGGAUCAGGUUCUUGAUCGGGCAGCAUGUGGCGCUGAAUACGCUCCAACCCCACCCGGACUACGUCGGCAUCAUCUGCACCAAAGCCAACGUCCACGACAUCUGCCACGAAGCCAUCGAAAACGCGCGCUACGUCUGCGAAGAGCAUUUCGGCCUCUUCUCCGGCCCGCCCAUCCAGCUCCUCUGCCCGCAAGACCUCCAUUUCCCCUACGUCCCCGGCCACCUCUCGCACAUCUGUUUCGAGCUGCUCAAGAAUUCCCUGAGAGCUGUGGUGGAGAGGUAUGGGGUGGAUAAUGAAGACAAGUUUCCGCCGAUCAAGGUGGUGGUGGUAGAAGGGAGUGAGGAUAUUACGAUCAAGAUUAGUGAUGAGGGGGGCGGUAUUGCCAGGAGUGCUAUCCCUAUGAUCUGGACCUACCUCUACACAACGAUGUCAGACGAAGGCCUCGAAACCAACAUCGAACAAUCCGACUUUAACGCCCCCAUGGCCGGAUUUGGGUACGGCCUUCCCCUCUCUAGGCUGUAUGCGCGGUUCUUUGGUGGGGAUUUGAGGUUGAUCUCGAUGGAUGGGUAUGGGACGGAUGUUUAUAUCAGUUUGAAUAAACUGAGUUCUUCGUGA